AAACACAGUGAGAGGACAAUGGGGGAGACUCUUCCUCUCAGUCUCAGUCAUGUUCACAAGCCUAUGGUUUUAACCAAUAGGUUACACAUGCUCCUUCAUUCAACUGCUUUAUGUUUCUUGGUUUAUUAUAGACUGUGUUUCUUCUUUCAGGAUCCACAAACCAGAAGAACCCCAUUGUUACCUUGGGUUCUUGUUUUUGCAUCUGAAAUCAUUCUCUCCUUCAUUUGGAUUAUUGGCCAAGCUUUUCGUUGGAACCCCAUUUCGAGAACUGUGUUUCCAGAAAGAUUACCAGAGGAUGACAAGCUUCCUCCUAUUGAUGUGUUCAUAUGCACUGCAGACCCAACUAAGGAACCCACUGUAGACGUGAUGAAUACUGUGUUAUCAGCCAUGGCACUGGAUUACCCACCAGAGAAACUUCAUGUGUAUGUUUCUGAUGAUGGAGGUUCAUCUAUCACCUUGAAUGCUAUGAGGGAGGCUUGGAAAUUUGCAAAGUGGUGGCUUCCUUUCUGCACAAGAUACACAAUAAAAUGUAGGUGCCCCGCAGCUUACUUUUCUGCUUCAGAGAAUGAUAAUGGUGAUUUUGCUGAGAACAUUGAGUUUCUUGCAGAUGAGAAAAUGAUCAAGGAAAAAUAUGAGGUUUUCAAAGAAAACAUAGUAACAGUAAAAGAAGAACAGGGUCGCUCUGGAGAUACUACUGGCAUAACGGGUAAAAAUCAUCCAUCUAUCAUAGAGGUAGUGCAAGAAAAUACCAGCAGUGAAAUAGAGCAAGUGAAAUUGCCUCUCCUUGUAUAUGUUUCCCGUGAGAAAAAGCCUUCACAUCCCCACCAUUUCAAAGCUGGAGCCCUCAAUGCCCUUUAUCGCGUCUCUGCUGUGACAAGCAAUGCUCCAUAUAUUCUAGUGCUGGAUUGUGACAUGUUCUGCAAUGACCCAGCAUCAGCACGACAAGCAUUGUGUUUCCACCUAGAUCCCAAGAUAUCACCUUCACUUGCUUUUGUUCAAUUUCCUCAGAAAUUUCACAAUAUAAGCAAGAAUGACAUCUAUGACAGUCAGCACAGAUCAGCAUAUAAAGUUCUAUGGCAAGGUAUGGAUGGGCUCAAGGGACCUCUAUUGUCUGGCACAGGCUUCUAUAUGAAAAGGGAAUCACUAUAUGGGAAUUACAAAAUUAAAGACACUGAUCUUGAACUCCGACAAUACUUUGGAACAUUCAAUGAGUUCAUCAAAUCCUUAAAACAAAAUUGCACUCCUAAUGUAGUCUCUGUUGGACAUACAUUGCCCAAAGAAGAGACUUUGAUUUUGGCUUCUUGUAAUUAUGAAAUUGGUACUAAAUGGGGUAAAGAGGUUGGCUUCUUGUAUGGUACUGUAUGUGAAGACGUUCACACUGGAAUCAUCUUGAAUUGCAAUGGUUGGAAUUCAGUUUAUUGUGAUCCACCAAAUCCACAGUUCCUUGGAAAUAGUACAACUAAUCUGAAUGAUUUUCUAGUUCAAGGCACCAGAUGGGCCUCUGGAUUGCUUGAAAAUGGUUUAAGCAAGCAUUGCCCCCUUAUAUGUGGGCCUUUAAGGAUGCCUCUCCUUCAGAGUCUUUGUUUAGCAGAACUUACAUUCUUCCCUCUUUAUUGCUUACCUCUUUGGUGUUUUGCUAUUGUCCCUCAGCUUUGUCUAGUAGAUGGAACUCCCCUCUACCCGAAGGUCUCAGACCCAUUGUUCUUCAUUUUUGUGUUCAUCUUUCUAUCAGCUAUGACCAAACAUUUAGUUGAAGUCCUCUCAACUGGAGGAACAUUAAGAAAAUGUAUAAUUGAGCAGAGGAUAUGGAUGAUGAAAUCAAUCACAAGUCAUUUAUACGGAUUUUUGGAUACUCUACUGAAGAAAUUUGGUUUAAGGAAGGCUAGUUUCACAGCAACCAAUAAAGUGGAGGAUGAUGAAAAGACUAGACUUUACCAAAUGGACAAAUAUGACUUUAGAACAUCAAACAUGUUUCUUGUACCAAUGCUUGCAGUCCUCCUCAUCAACAUAUUUUGCUUCAUAGGGGGCAUCUACAGAGUGGUGUCUGUGGGAGAUUGGGACGUGAUGUUCAUACAGCUUUUGCUUCCAGUUUAUGUCAUUGUUGUCAACUAUCCAAUCAUUGAAGGGCUGCUGAUAAGGAAAGACAAAGGACGCAUUUCUCCAUCAGUAGUUAUACCAUCUAAUAUCUUGGCCACAAUUAUCUCUUCUGCACUUUAUCCUAUACUAAGGAAGGUAUAAACUCCCCUACAAUCUAGCCAAAAACACUCAUCAGUUUUGCUUUUAAUGUAGAGCAAUGCUAAAUUGUGAAAUAUAUAUAAGAAA